CCACCCCCUCCGCUCUGAGUCCUCGUCGCCAUACCUCCAUCUCCGGCGAACAGCCUUCACCGUCGCCUCUUCCUUCUCCUCCAUACGCGCCGCCAGCUCCUACCCCAGGCGAGUCCAGCCGCUGCUCCGAUGGCCAGCCCGCUCCCUUCUCGUCCUCCACCGGCGAACAGGGCCACCAGUGGGGCCGCCAUCGAUGGAGACGGCCAGCCAAGCCUCCAUGUUGCCACUCCAUCCUCCAGUCGCCUUCUUUCUCCCCUCCGGCGAACGUCCAACAGCCGCGACACAGCCUCGAAUCCUCUCCCACAGCGAUACCUCCGGCAAACCCCUUCGGCGUUUCAACCAUGCAACCCUUCUUCAUCGAAAAUGAAGAAUCCGUCUUCAGAAUCUUAUUGGGAAGAAAAAGUGUGUGAAUCACAUUCAGCUGAGUGGGAGAAAAGGUGAAGAAAUUUAAGAGAGGAUUUUGAAGGAUGAAUGAUAGCUCAGCUAGAGAAAUGAAUGAGAGACAACCUCAAAUGCUUUGUGGUUGUGUGGGCAUUUUCUUUCA